AUGACAGACGCAAGAUCGCGUGCUUCGUUCAGCACGCCUUUGACCGCGGUCACCUCCUCCACGCCGUUAUCCUCGAGGAUGUCGAUGGCGAGCAUAACGAGCGCCUGGUCUCAAGGCAAGAACACUCAGCGCUGGAGGCAUGCACUAGGAAUCAUGCUGCUACUGGUAACGGUAGUGCUGUGGACGGCCUCGAACUUCCUCGCCAGUACCAUCUUUGCCGACGACUCGUACGACAAGCCGUACUUUGUAACCUACAUCAACACCGCCUUCUUCGUUAUCCCUCUCAUCCCUAUGCUCGCCAGGCGCGGAUACCAAGAUCCGUCGCAGUUCACUUCGCUGCAGGACCUAUGGCGGAAAAAGGCAGAGCGCUACUCCAAACUACAAGAGCACGACACGGAAGCGGAGCAUGGCCUCCUGAAGCCAACCGCGCCAGCUAGAAACGCUUCCCUAACGAGCGAAUCCUCCACGGCGCUACUGCCCUUGGACAGGGCCACAAGCAGCUCCCACGCUUCUGCCAGAACCCCAUCGACGUCCCAGUCCGCCAAACUGACUCUCCGCGAAAUCGCCAAACUCUCCAUCGAGUUCUGCUUCCUCUGGUUCACCGCAAACUACUUCACCGCCGCCUGCCUGUCCUAUACAACCGUCGCUUCAUCCACCAUCCUCACAAGUACCAGCAGCAUCUGGACGCUCCUCACCGGCUCCAUCAUCGGCGUCGAGCGCUUCACCCUCCGAAAACUCAUCGGCGUGCUCGCUUCCCUCGCCGGCAUCGUGCUCAUCUCCACCGUCGACAUUUCCGGCGAGAGUGACGAGAAUAGAGGGAGUUUUCCGCACAAGAGCCAGAAAGAGAUUGCGAUUGGGGAUGCGUUGGCUUUUUUGAGUGCGGUGCUGUACGGGUUCUAUGUGGUGUUGAUGAAAAAGAGGAUUGGUGACGAGUCGCGGGUGAAUAUGGCGCUGUUCCUGGGGCUGGUGGGGCUGUUCAAUGUGCUGCUGCUCUGGCCGGGACUGGUUGUUUUGCAUUACACGGGUGUUGAGACGUUUGAGCUGCCGCCUACGGGGAGGAUACUUACUAUCGUGCUGGUUAAUUCAUUCUCCUCCCUUGUAUCAGACUUCUGCUGGGCUUAUGCCAUGCUUCUAACCUCUCCACUCGUCGUAACGGUAGGCUUGAGCAUGACGAUCCCGCUCAGUCUAGUCGGACAGAUGGUGCUUGAUGCGCAGUAUUCGAGCUUCGUGUACUGGGUCGGUGCGCUCGUUGUUGUGUUGUCGUUCAUCUUCAUCAACCACGAAGAAAGCCAUGAAGAAGAGGGGGCGGAUGUCGCGGAUGACGAAGCGGAUGGCUUUGGAGAGGAAGAGCUGGUCGGAUCGCCGUGA